CCCCAGAUACAGGCUUCUUCAAGUUCAGGAUGCUUUCUCUCUAGGACUUGAGCCAGAGGUCCCCCUCCCUACCAGAAACUCCCAAAUAUGCCACCUCUGGCUAUGGGACAGGAGUGCAGGCCAUGUACUUAGAAGCAAGCACAGAAACUCGGACACCCACCCUCUUCCCCACUGGGGGUAGGAACCUAGGACUCUCUCUCCACAGGACCCAAGCUUCCCACAAGAGGAGGAGUCCAGGAUGGAGAAAGGGGCAGAGCCAUGGAGUUGGGUACUGGAGACCUCUAGUGCCAGAUCCCAUGACCUCCGUCCAGAUCCUGCCCUAGAAGCAGCUGGCACUUCCACACCCGGGAUGCGGCGCUCUGUCCUGGUCAGGAACCCAGGCCACAAAGGCCCGAGACCUGCUUAUGAAGAGCUUGACUCAGACUCAGAAGACCUGGACCCCAACCCCGAAGACCCAGAGCCUGACCUGGAAGACCUCAACACUGUCUCUGAAGAUGUGGACCCCAGCUUGGAAGAUCUAGAGCCUGUCUCUGACAAUCUGGACCCUGAUGCAGACGCUCCAAGUUCCAUCUUGGGGACCCGCGCCAUGGAUCCCCAAGAUCUCAACCCCAUGUCUUCAAGUUUUGAUCUCGAUCCAGACGUCAUUGGCCCUGUCCCUCUGGUCCUUGACCCUAACAGCGACACCCUCAGUCCCCCAGAAGCUCCAGACCUGGACCCCCUCUCAUCCGGCCUCACUGCCGCCCGGGAAGGCCUGGCCACCAGCCAGGAGGUGCUCCCCGCACCUGCCAGCCCUCCCCGGCCCUUCUCCUGCCCCGAUUGCGGGCGAGCCUUCCGCCGCAGUUCGGGGCUAAGCCAGCACCGCCGCACCCACAGUGGCGAGAAGCCCUACCGCUGCCCCGACUGCGGCAAGUCCUUCAGCCACGGCGCCACGUUGGCGCAGCACCGGGGCAUCCACACGGGCGCGCGGCCCUACCAGUGCGCGGCGUGCGGCAAGGCCUUCGGCUGGCGCUCCACGCUGCUGAAGCACCGCAGCAGCCACAGCGGCGAGAAGCCGCACCACUGCCCCGUGNCGCGGCCGCACAAGUGCCCCGUGUGCGCCAAGGGCUUCGGGCAGGGCUCGGCGCUGCUGAAGCACCUCCGCACGCACACGGGCGAGCGGCCCUACCCCUGCCCGCAGUGCGGCAAGGCCUUCGGGCAGAGCUCGGCGCUGCUGCAGCACCAGCGCACGCACACGGCCGAGCGCCCCUACCGGUGCCCGCACUGCGGCAAGGCGUUUGGUCAGAGCUCCAACCUGCAGCAUCACUUGCGCAUCCACACCGGCGAGCGGCCUUACGCCUGCCCGCACUGCUCCAAGGCCUUCGGGCAGAGCUCGGCGCUGCUGCAGCACCUGCACGUGCAUUCCGGGGAGCGCCCCUACCGCUGCCAGCUCUGCGGCAAGGCCUUCGGCCAGGCGUCCAGCCUCACCAAGCACAAGCGCGUGCACGANGGGGCGGCUACGGCGGCGGCUGGCCUGGGCCUUAGCCCUGCUUCGGUGUUGCGGCCCGGGCAGGUCUCCCUCCUGGGUCCUGAUGCUGGCUCUGUGCUUGGCUCUGGCCUGGGCUCCCUCCCCAAUCCCAGCCCCAAAACUGGCCCUGGCUCUGGAUCUACCCAUGCUCCUGAUCCCGUCAAGUCUUCUGACGCUAAGCCUGGUCGCGAUGCCAAUCCUGACCUUGUGGCCAGCCCCGACCAUGGAUCUGGUCACAGCUCAGACCCAGAUCCUGUGCCCAGCCCCAACCCCAACCCUGAGUCCUGCCCUGACCCCAGCUCUCCCACCCAUGACAGCUCAGCCCUCCCUACCUGUGAGAGUCCCAAGUGGGUGCAGGAGCGAGGGGCACUGCUGGGGCCUGAUGGCUGAAGGGGAUGCCAGCGCCCACGGAGGCCUGGGGAAGUUGUGUGUUGUGCAGUUAGUAAAAUCCUCUCACUGCCUUCUGGCUCUGCUUCA